AUGGUACGUCGCAUUGUUCUAUUAUUGGUUAUUGGUUAUGGAUCGUGCAUGAAAAUGCAGGAGACCGUAGAGAGGACAGUAAUGUUUAGAACUUCAGGGUCUGACCUGCAACCAGCUGCCACUGGCUUCAUUUAUAAAAGAGGGACCAAUGGAGAAGCGGUCGUUACCAAAUUGGGGCAGAGUGAAGUCAUGGAACAGUUAUCAAAACUUUACAAGCCCCAAGAAUUCGCUGGUUCUUCAAAAGACAUUGGCUCAUUUGAAAAACAAAAUGCACCAACAAAACAGGAUAAAAUUAUUCCCGUCAAAGAAGAUACAGAUGUUGACGGAAUAGCUGAUGAUGAGUAUAAAAAAAUAAUUGAUGAUUACGCCACAAAUUUUGACGAUUAUUUGAAGGAUUUGGGCACUUUUAAAGAAUACAAUAAUAAAGAAUUCGGGUUUGAUGUCAAUCAUGAUUACGAUCCAAAAGGUUACAAUGAUUACGAUACUAAAAAAUAUGAAAGUUACUACUUGACACGAGAAGACCCUUAUGGUUAUGGUAAGGGGUAUAAGGACGAGGGGUAUAAAAAUGAAUAUAAAGUACCCCAGAAUGUUGCAUUUCGUUACAAAAACAAUGAAGAAGAUAACAAAAAAGAAAACAGCUUCUAUGGAGAUGAGUAUAAGCAUCACAGAGGAACACCAAGCGGUAAUGGACACGAACAAACAUCAAAUAGAACAGAUGAAAAAGAUUCAGAUGAAAAUGAUAGCACCUCAUCAAAUGAAGAAAGUACCACAAACUCCUACGCAGACUAUGGAGCCAAAAGCGGACUUAUUACUAGCAAAAGAUAUGACUACAAAGCCGACCAAUAA